UGCGACAUGUGAUAAAUGAAUAAGAAAAAUUUGACGUAGAAGUUUCAUUUUAAAUUAUCUGCAGUUACACCUAAUAGUGUUAUAAGAUUUACUGGUGUCCAAUUUGUCUAAAGAAUUAUUUAAAUUAUUUUCUUUUCCACGUAAUAAAAUUGAAUAACUAUGAAUUUCUAGAUAGUGAACUGAACUGUGACCCAGAUACAUCAUACGAGGUCAAAAGAUACAAACUCAUGAAGAUACAUUAAAGAGCUGAACAAAGCUCAAUAAUGUAUAUUAGGAAUGUAUAUAGUAAUAUUGGGUCACGGUCACGCCAGGUCGGUUCGGAGUUACUUUCUUAAACUGGUAUACUUAAAAGGGUUUCUAACAACUACUAUAAACUUUUUACACGGAACUUUAGACUGCUUUAAGCCUCAUUUUAUUAGCUUUUUUUAUGUUGUGCUCUGGACAAAGUACGAAUGAGAUCUUAUAGAAGGUCUUGAACCGACGUGUUCCAUCAUCGAUGUGUCCCAGAGGUGUCCCUGACAGCGCAGACGCGACCCUCCCCCCGCCUCUCUUUUCACUGGAGCCUUAUGGUUUCAGUCCGUCAGUCCGUCAGUCUGUGGUCCAUGUCGACGGUGCUCGAGGUCGUCACACGUCUUUCUCGCGCCUUGUCCGAGCUCGAUCGUGUCAGCGUCUGUGCCGGCGGGUCAUCCUACUUUGACACCAUCGUUUCCGGACCUACAACACUGUCCAUCGAUCGUCCCAGUUCCCGGUGGUCGGUGGCCCGUGACGGCGCCUCGGAGACAGUCUUAUUUUACUCUGUGAGAAGAGCUGUCGUUUGAUCGGACGCGAUCAAGCGAGCGAGUGCGGCGGAGCGCGAGCGGCGGCCGGUCCAUGCCGGGGGCCUUGUGACGUCACGAAACGCGCGCCCGCGAACACACACGGGCGGGCGCGCUCGGACUGAUGCUGCAGCCUCUCCUGCUGGCGCUGGCCACAGCUCGGCCUCUCGACACCGACCACACCAACGACACACAGCGGCUCUUGAUAGUGGCACGACAAGCUUGUCACGCCGACGACCCUACCCUCUACUCUGCGGACCUGUUCUCCGCUCAUCUCACACAGUAUGCGCCGUCUCAGCUCCGGACUCGUCCUUUCCGUCUUCUUAAUUACGAAGAGACCUGCGGCCCUCGCUGGUCCGAGGCGGUCCUGGUGGACGUGUUGCGGUCGGUGGGCGCGGGCGGGUCCGUGGUGGGCGCGGGUCGUGUGGGCGGUCGUGUGUGUGGUGGCGUGUCCCCGGCCCUGCUGUCUCUCGGACGGCCUCUCCCUGGGUCGUGCUCUGAGUCCCCGGCUCGUGCCGCGGCCGUCUCUCUCUUGGCUCGAUCUCUGGGCUGGCGGCGCGUCUCUCUGCUCGUGACCGGAGUCCUCGACGAAUGCUCAGCCGCUCUUCUUCGGGUCCAAGAGUCUCUCGUUACGUCCGGUGUCCUCGUGAAACGCGCACUUCCUCGACACCUCGAGGACUCUUUCUCGAUCCGUCCCCACGCUCUCAUUAUCUGUGGUUCGGCGAUGACGGCCGCGAUACUAUCAAGAAAUGUGAAUAAAAUUCAGAUACUUAUCUUAAAUGUAAUAGAUCCUGAAGUAGAGACCUCUUUGAAAGGUAAUGGAACGAAAACUAUCGACAAGCAAUCGGCUAAUGUUACAGGCAAAGAGAGAUCAAUGUAUCAGAAGUUUCAUUUCGGCGAACUUUCUAAAGACAGCCUUAAUGUUAUCAGAGAGAAGCCAUUACUCCUGCUGAGUGACAGGCAGUUCGAAGUUCAGCACCUGGCCAAGGAUAAUUAUGAUGAAAUAAUUAGGGCCCUUUUAAACUUCAGGGAAGCGGAGAUUACCAGAAUGGAAAAAUACCAUCAUGUUUUUCAUUUAUAUAGUAGCAUAACUAAGGAAAACGAUUUGUUCUGGAAGCAAAGAGCAACACUUAAUAUUACAACUGAGAGAUUGUUAGAUAAUUAUACGUCACACUCCACACUCGUGAAUAUAGACGCCCUGAAAGAAACCGAACUCGAGGAAUUUAAACUAGAGGGCGCAUUUGACGAAACGGUCGACGCGAAGGUCUCCAGCGGUACGGACGCAGCCUUACACAUGACGGUGUUCACGUUGUUCGUCACCUGUAUCUUGAUCCUCAUCCUCACCUUCGUCGUAACAUGCCUCAAACGGGUGUUUGUCAACCGUAUGCCGAAACGUUCUCGUGCAGUUCCGGUUCUUGCUUCCACCGACUUCCAGUUUCCAUCCGAUGAGGGACGACGUGUGGGCGAGGGCAUGGAGACGAUGCUCACGUGGCUUCAACAGCUGCACGAAUUCGGAAGCUCGGAACCGGAGCGACCCGACUUACUGAAACGGCCCGAACCCUUGGGGCAGUCCGCACCCUCUUCUACGUGCAGCAUUACACGUCUUCCACUGGACAAUCGUACCAGAUAUAAGGGCGACCCAGUUCAUAUGAAAUAUUUACCUGCGGCUUCACUCGAGUUGCGUCGCAAAUCAAUAGACGUUUUACUCACGAUGCAGAGCCUUCGUCACGAAAACGUAAACUCCUUCAUAGGAUGUUUGACGGACACAAGACCAGCUCUCGUGUUCGAAGCUUGUGGGAGAGGUUCUCUAGAAGACGUCCUCAUGGCUGACGAUAUCCGGUUGGAUUGGACGUUCCGCCUGUCGCUGCUAACGGACCUGGUGCGAGGGAUGCGCUACCUCCACUCAUCGCCGCUGCGUGUUCAUGGUCGACUUACUUCACGUAACUGUGUAGUCGACUCCCGAUGGGUGUUGCGUGUCACCGAUUAUGGGAUUCCAUCGUUCACAAAGACGCAGUCACUGCCGCACCCUCCGCGUACCGCACGAGAGCUGCUGUGGACGGCGCCGGAGCUUCUUCGUGAAGCCGAUUCAGGUAACGUCAUCUGCGGAACGCAGCCGGCCGAUGUGUUCUCUUUCGCUAUAAUCAUGCAGGAGGUUAUUGUCCGUGGAGAGCCUUACUGUAUGCUUCCUUUUACGCCGGAAGAAAUAAUAGAAAAGUUGACUCAUCCCCCGCCUCUUAUAAGACCGUCCGUGUCCAUGAGCGCUGCUCCCCCGGAGGCAGUGAGUGUGGCACGUCAGUGCUGGAGCGAACAGCCUCAUCUACGACCAGACUUCAUACAACUCUACGAGGUGUUCCGACACAUGCAUCGAGGACGAAAAGUCAACAUUGUAGAUUCUAUGUUCGAAAUGUUAGAGAAAUACAGCAAUAAUUUAGAGGAAUUGAUAAAGGAACGAACCGAGCAGCUGGACAUGGAGAAAAAGAAAACGGAGCAGCUCCUGAACAGGAUGUUGCCCAGAACAGUAGCCGAGCGAUUAAUUUUGGGUCUCCGAGUGGAGCCGGAAGAGUUCGAGGAAGUAUCCAUCUACUUCAGCGACAUCGUGGGUUUCACAUCAAUAGCAGCGCGCUCCACUCCCGUCCAGGUCGUUGACCUGCUCAAUGACCUGUACACCACCUUCGAUGCUACUAUAGAAAUGUACCGAGUCUACAAGGUGGAAACGAUCGGUGACGCGUACAUGGUGGUGGGCGGGCUGCCGAUCCGCUCCAGCGACCACGCAGAGAGCGUGGCGACCAUGGCGUUACAUUUAUUACACUUGGCGGGACAAUUUCGAAUUCGACAUCUGCCAGCGUCUCCUCUACAUCUCCGGAUAGGGCUCCACACGGGCGCUUGUUGUGCGGGAGUGGUGGGACUCACUAUGCCACGGUAUUGUUUGUUUGGUGACACGGUCAACACAGCUUCCCGCAUGGAAUCCACAGGAGCGGCUUGGCGAAUCCAGAUCUCGUCGGCGACGGCAGAGAAACUCGCAGCGGCCGGCGGCUACAGGCUUCGCUCCCGAGGACUCACGCAGAUUAAAGGCAAAGGCGUCAUGCACACCUUCUGGUUACUCGGAAAAGAAGGCUUUGAAAAAACUCUGCCGACGCCACCGCCGUUGAAAUCGGAAGAAGUUCUCUUUGAAGCAGAGAGCGAGAACGACUGUGACACUAACGAGGCGCCACUGAGCGAGGGACACACCACCAGCCUCACACAAUCCGUGGAGCGACAACGUUCCGAUCCAUCUCCGACAGUCGACAGAUUUUCAUGGCGAAGGUCUGGUGCGGUCUCCGCGGAGAGCAGCCCGCCAGGACCGACCUCAUUGCGAAAUCGAUACUUACGUUCAUCCGUGUCCACUGUGGCAGGCUUGGUCGAUACACCGCGCCUAUCGGAUCGGUGGACUACAUCAGGAUCGCGCGUGCUGCGGCGUCAGUGGUCGCUGGAGCGCGGGGACGAGCCUCGUUACCGGACCCGGCGCGACCUCUCCACUCCCGACGCGUCCGCUCGCUGACCGCCGCCACCGACCCCGUUCAACCCCUCACCAAACUUCCCCGACAAUAAAUAUCGUGUUCCAUUACGACCUCCUUCCUUCGUAGCGACUAGAUGACUAUUGUGAUUGUGGUUUCGUAAGAGUUAGAUCGUGUCUAUAAAUAUUUUUAUUAAGAGAUUUUCUCCGAUUUAAAUGUUCUUUUAUUUCGGACAAAUUGUGUAUUUUUUAAUCUUUUAAUUACAAAUAAAACUUUUAUCUUUA